ACAUUACCCUUGGUGUGGAGAGUAGCAGUAUAGCUAUGAACAUGGCGGAGCGUGAUUCUGUAUUUGCUUUGCCAAGUAAUAUUGACUCUGUUGUAUCAGUCAAACAACACAUCCAGAAAAUACUCCAGUUUUUGAAAAUUUAUGGAUGGGUGCUUGACAUCUAUGUGUCGGUUGACACUGAACGCCUCCAAUGGAUUAGACACCAUCAAAAGGAAAUGCGUGCAGAAGAAUACGGCAAUCUACGCGACGAAGUCAACCAAAAUCAUCAGGUUAUGGCUUCGGAUGUUGGGCUUCCUGUCAUUCUCCCAUCAUCAUGCACUAGAGGCCCCUGUUAUAUGCAUGAAAAUAUGCAGGUUGCUCUUACCUAUGCCUGCCACUGUGGCUGUUUUGAUCUUUUCAUCACUUUCACUUGCAAUCCUAAAUGGAGAGAUAUCCAGUCUCACCUAUUUCCUGGCCAAAAUCCUUUAGGCAGGCAUGAUAUCAUAUUGAGAGUGUUUCACCUUAAGCUUAAGAAAAUGAUAGAUGUUAUUAGGCAUGGACAACUUUCUGGACCAGUACGGUGUUUCAUGUACACCGUUGGAUGGCAGAAGAGAGGACUUCCACAUGCCCAUAUUCUCUUUUGGCUUCAAAUCAAGCUCAUGUCGACUGAUGUUGAUUCCGUUAUCAGUGCUGAAUUGCCAAAUCCCCAAGAAGACCCAGUCCUUUUUGAUAUCAUUAAAACCAACAUGAUGCAUGGACUGUGUGGCUACCUUAAUCGUAACUCUGCAGGUAUGGACAAUGAGAGGUGCACAAAGCGUUACCCACGAAAACUUAUACAUGAAAUGAAGACUGGCCAUGAUGGCUACCCUUUAUACCGUCGCAAGGCACUGCAAGAGAGUGGACAUACGGCAACUAUAUCAUCGGUUGAUGGUCAAGAUUUCAAUAUCGACAACAGAUGGGUUGUGCCACAUAACAAGGUGCUUUGUAAAAUGUUUUCAGCUCACAUAAACGUUGAAUUCUGCAACUCUGUAAAAUCAAUCCAAUACAUCUGCAAGUAUGUUCAUAAGGGAUUGGAUCGAGCAGUUAAUGAGUUGGCUAGGACAGAUAAACCUGAUGUCACCACAGAUGAAAUCAUGUUUUACAAAACUGGACACCACAUCUCUUUCAAUGAGGCAUUUUGGCCCAUAUUUGGUUUUCUGAUCCACGAAUGUGAACCUACAGUUAUUCACCUCAGCGUUCAUUUGGAGAAUGGUCAACGGGUAUAUUUUAACAAGGAAAGUAUGUAUGUCUGUACACGACUACCUUGAAAAUCAACAUUUACCGGAUUUUUCAACCUUUGCAGUUCUGACUCUUUUGCGAAAACUCUUCUUUAUGUGGACAUGUCUACAUUCUACACAUGGAAUUAUUUUUCCCACUGUUGGCAAAGUAGAAAGUGAGGGCACAUUUCACAAAGAGAUCCUUCGAUGCGUGAAGCUGGUAUCCUCUCAAAAGUGUACUUAGUUCAUUCACUGAAAUCAGAGUGCUUUCACCUCCAUCUUCUUUUGCACGUUAUCACAGGUCUGACUUGCUACGAUGAUCUUCGCACCAUCAACGGCAAUAUUUGUUCAUCAUUUAAAGAGACCUGCUCCAAAGUAGGUCUUCUUGACAACGAUGAUCAAUGUGAUCAUGCCCUCCAUAAGGCAUCCACUUUGAAGUAACCAAAAGCUCUUCGCAAGCUUUUUGCCAUUAUGCUGGUUUUGCCGUUAUGCCGUUUUGUGGUUUCCAAAAUCCUCAAUCUCUAUGGGAUAGAUAUUGUGACAGCAUGUGUCUUGACAUUCUUAUGCAAUCCUGUUUCAGAUCCUCAAACAUGAACUUGCAGUUUACACCAGAAAUGUACAUCCUUUGAAGAGCUACUAUGUCAAGUCCCCUAACUGAAAAAAAUGAGGCUUUGUAACCGCCACUUACUUAGGGAGACAUGCUUUGAGUCUUCUGUUCUAUGUUCAGGAACAAGAACACUGGUUGAAUCCUGAACAAGCUGAUGUCUACAAUUUUGUUUCAUCAAUGCUUAAAGACAUCCUCUUCCUUGAUGCACCAGGUGGCACAGGAAAGACAUUUCUACUCAACCUCCUUCUUGCCAAAGUUUGCCAACGUGGGCAGAUAUCCAUUGCAGUGGUGUCUUCAAGAAUAGCAGCCAUGCUGUUAGCUGUAGAACAGUCCAUUCAACAUUUAAGCUUCCUCUUAACAUCGGUCAUGUUGAAAAUCCUUCAACCAACAUAAGGAAGAAUUCUGAUGAGACUGUUAUCUUUCAAAAAUGUAAAUUGAUAGUCUGGGACGAGGCGACAGUGUCUUACAAAAAUGCAUUUGAUGCCAUCAAUGCAACACUACAAGAUCUGCGCUCCAGCUCUCAACUAUUUGGUGGCUUCAUUUUACUUCUUGCUAGGGACUUCUGUCAAACUCUACCCAUCAUCCCAAAAGGCAAUCAAGGUGAUGAAAUAGAAGCAUGCAUCAAACAUUCUCAUCUUUAGCAUUUUGUCCAGAUGAGAAAGUUAACCAUCAACAUGUGCUCGAUUCUUCUCCAACAAGAGGAUGAUGAUGACUUUGCUACAAAGUUAUUGGAUGUUGGUAAUGGGAACUUACCGAUGAAUGCAAACGGUUUGGCUGACAUAAGUACCAUCUGUAACUAUGUCUCCAGCCAUGAGGAUCUUUGCAGAACAGUUUACCCCAACCUUUCAACAAACUAUGUCAGUCACCAAUGGAUGUGUGAAAGGGCCAUGUUAGCUCCAACAAACACCACUGUCCAAGCUCUUAACAUGUGCCUUCUUCAUCAACUUCCAACCCAGGUGCGAAUCUAUGGAUCCAUCGAUUCAACAACAGAUCCAACACACUUAAUGGUUUACCCAACAGAGUUUUUAAACUCCCAAGAACUAUCAGGAAUGCUACCUCACAAACUCUGCCUCAGACUUGGAGGUCCAAUUGUUCUCUUGAGAAACUUGGAACCUCCUCAGCUUUGCAACAGCACCCAGUUGGUUUAACCCAAUUGUUGGAUAACGUUAUCGAGGCUAAAAUCAUAACGGGUCAAGGGGCUGGUGACACAGUUUUCAUUUCCUGAAUACCUCUAAUUCUGACUGACUGUGUAUUCUCAAUGAAAAGAGUACAGUUUCCCAUAUGUCUAAGCUUUACUAUGAACAUCAACAAAGCCCAGGUACAGUCACUCAAAGUGGUUAGGCUGGACCUCAGCACUUCAUGUUUUUCACACUGGCAGCUGUAUGUAGGCUGUUCGUGAGUUGGAAACUCAGCCAAUCUAUUUUACUACGCUCCCGGAGAGUUGACAAGGAAUGUGGUUUACAAGGCAGCCCUCCAAUAGUUAUUUCCAUGGAGUUGAAAGCCAUUUAAGGACUUUUUUGUGUUGAAUCACUGGGAGAAACUGCUUCCAAGCUGGCGUGAUUGUUUUCAGAAGAUGACUACUUCAGAUGUUGCAGAACUUCUUACAGUGAAUAAGAACACCAAAAGCAAGAUAAUAUUACCUUUGUCUCUCUUGGCCUGUCGUUCAUGCAUCCAAAGUUUGUCAUUGAAAAGGACUAUCGCAUCAGAUAAAGGACUUAGUUAUGUACUUGAAGCCCUUACUUCAAAUACAUAUCAGAAAAUAUCAGCUCACCUGCCUACAAUGUAUCAUGUGACUGAUGACCCUACAAUUAUUUCAGACAUCAAGUGCAGUGGAGGUCAGUAUGUAUCAUUGGAUGCAUACUAUCGGAAACAUGUAAAGCCUAAAAAGCAACACGAAAUCCAUCAAAUGUCAAAGGUCAUAGGUGACUUGUGCCACAUCAUUAAAUGUGACAAAGUAGUGGAUGUUGGUGCUGGUCUUGGUCACUUGUCAAGGCUAUUAAACUUCAAGUAUAAUCUAACUGUCACAACUGUGGAAGCUACUGGUGGGCAUGCUGCCAAAGCACAUAAAUUUGAUUUAGACCUCUUUAACAUGAUGAAAAAAAGAAAGAAAGAAAUUCAAGAUUCAGAGCAAAAGUCUGAAGGUACCAUUUGUUAUAACACAACAGAAAAGAAAACCAAUCUUAAUCUAAAUGAUACGUCAAAUCAUGCUACAUCACUACCUUACCAUGUGAUUCAUCAAGUUGUUAAUAAUAUUUCUCCAAAAGAUUUCCUGGAAAUGCUAAAAAUGCCAAGAACUUGUGAAUUUGAUUCCAGUCAAAAAGUUAAUUUAUUUGAUACUUUUCAGCCUUUUUGUUUAAGCAACACUAAUUCUGGAGAACAUUACACCUCAAAAGAAAACAGUACUGUCAAUUUUCAUUUAAAUUAUGGAAGUAUGAAAGAAAAAGAUAUUUUACCAUCACCUUACAAACAGUCUUCAAAUUACAGGCAAAUCCGGAGAACAUGUUCAGAAUCUAACUUGAGCCACUCAGUGACAACAUUUAAAGAAAAUUCUGUAAGAUUUUGCACUAAAUCUUCAAAUUCUCUCAAUUUAUUUGAUGAGAAAUUAAUACUGAAAAAACCAAGUGUCUUUGCCAAUCAGCUUGUUUUGUGUGGAUUGCAUGCCUGUGGGGACUUAACAACCACUCUGAUUCAAAUGUUUACCCAGAAUCAAGAUAUUUCUGCACUAGCUGUUGUUGGUUGUUGCUAUAUGAAGCUCUCUACAUCCAGCAAUUGUUCAUUAUCUAAUAAUGCCAGCUGGGGUUAUCCUAUGAGUCAACAUUUACAAACAUUACAGCAUCGUUUGACAUAUGAAGCUAGAGAGUUGGCCUGCCAUUUUGUUGAUGCAUAUCAUAAAAGAUUACUUGAGAAUAGGCCAAGCCUUCGCAGACAUUGGUAUCGUGCAUCUUUGCAGUGUGUUGUAAAAGCAAUCCAGCCUACUUUCAAACAUGGCUGUAUAAAAAUAUCUAUUAAAAAUGUGGAGAAUUUAUCAUUUGAAGUGUACUUGGAGAAAGCUUUAAAAUCUCUUGGAUUCAGCAUAUCACAAGUACCUCCUGGCAUAAUUGAUCAGUGCAAAGCAACUGAAAAUCAAUGGAAAGAUAUAGUUUGUUUUUAUACUUUACGUCUUUCUAUUGCGCCUGUUAUUGAAACACUCGUCUUACUUGAUAGAAUGCUUUACAUUUUGGAAUCAGGUAUACCUUGUGCUCUGGUACCAAUAUUUGAACCGCUUCUGUCACCUAGAAACUUCGUACUACUUGCAGCAAAAUCAUUACAUUGAUAUGGUUUAUAUAAUCAUUUUCUCAGUCAAACAUACUGGACAAUACUAUAAGUAAUCAUUUAGUAUUUGGUGAACAUUCUAAAGUUAUAAUUUUCUUGGUCACAGCCAGACACUUACAGCUUUAUAUUCUUCACUUUCAAUAAAAUGUAAUGAAUUUCUUUAUUGGAAUAUA